AAGAACAGACUUCCACCAGAAUUUUCGCCACUGAUCAUUAAGGAAUGGGCAGCUUACAAGGGGAAGUCUCCUCCGACCCCGGAACUAGUGGAAGCACUGGCCUUCCGGGAGUGGACCUGCCCCAACCUGAAGAGGCUUUGGCUGGGCAAGGCGUUGGAGGACAAGAACCGCCGGAUGAGGGCCUUCCUGGCCUGCAUGAGGUCUGAUACCCCAGCCAUGCUCAACCCUGCCAAUGUGCCCACUCACCUCAUGGUGCUCUGCUGUGUCUUACGGUAUAUGGUGCAGUGGCCCGGAGCUCGCAUUCUGCGGCGUCAGGAGCUGGAUGCCUUCCUGGCUCAGGCAUUGUCUCCCAAACUCUAUGAGCCGGACCAGCUGCAGGAACUCAAGAUUGAGAACUUAGACCCCCGAGGAAUUCAGCUGUCAGCUCUCUUCAUGAGCGGAGUAGACAUGGCACUGUUUGCCAAUGACGCGUGUGGGCAGCCCAUACCCUGGGAACACUGUUGUCCUUGGAUGUAUUUCGAUGGGAAGCUCUUCCAGUCCAAACUUCUUAAAGCCAGCCGGGAAAAGACCCCACUCAUCAACCUCUGUGAUGGUCAGGCUGAGCAGGCUGCCAAGGUUGAAAAGAUGCGCCAGAGUAUCCUGGAGGGGCUCAACUUCUCCCGGCAAAACCACCCACUCCCCUUCCCACCACCUCCUGCUCUGCCCUUCUACCCAGCUUCUGUAUAUCCUCGGCACUUUGGGCCGGUCCCACCCUCACAGGGCAGGAGCAGGGGCUUUGCAGGAGUCUGUGGCUUUGGAGGCCAUUAUGGGGAAACUGUAGCAACAGGCCCUUACCGUGCCUUCCGGGUGACAGCAGCAUCGGGACACUGUGGAGCCUUCUCAGGCAGUGACAGCAACAGGACUAGCAAGUCCCAGGGCGGAGUCCAGCCUAUUCCUUCUCAGGGAGGGAAGCUAGAAAUAGCUGGCACGGUGGUCGGUCACUGGGCUAGGAGCAGGCGGGGCCCUGGGGGCCGAGGGCCCUUCCCUCUGCAGGUGGUGUCUGUGGGAGGACCAGCAAGAGGGCGUCCAAGGGGUGUUAUUUCCACUCCUGUGAUUAGAACGUUGGGAAGAGGUGGAAGGUACUACGGCAGAGGCUAUAAAAGCCAGGGAGCAAUUCAGGGCAGACCUCCUUAUGCUGCUUCAGCAGAAGAAGUGGCCAAAGAACUGAAAUCGAAAUCUGGGGAAUCCAAGUCCUCUGCUGUGUCCUCAGAAGGGUCCCUGGCUGAAAACGGAGUGAUGGCCGAGGAGAAGCCAGUGCCCCAACUUAAUGGGAGCACGGCUGACACCAGGGCCCCCAGCCACUCUGAAAGUGCCUUGAACAAUGACUCUAAAACGUGCAAUACAAAUCCUCACUUAAAUGCACUAAGUACAGACAGCGCCUGCUGCAGGGAGGCUGCUCUGGAGGCAGCUGUCUUAAAUAAAGAAGAGUGAACUUAUUUUUAUAGAGGGUGAAGGAUGCUGGAAGGGUAAGGAUUCAGGAAUAUCUGGAGAGAAAGAGAGCCUGCGGUUAUGUACAUUUUGUCCUUUCCGUAAGAGAAAAUGAGGACUGUGGAAAUUCAGAUCCCUCUUUGAUAUCAGAGAUUUAAACAACACAUUUUUUUUUAGUUUUAACCAGUUGUAGUCAAAAUGCUACAAUAAAACAAAACAAGAGAGAGAAAAUGAAGAGCAUUUGACUCCCGCACUUAAAAAUGAAGCACACAAAGUUUAAACUGGUUACGACGACAAAAGCCUACAGUUGUGUUUCUUGAACUAUAAAGAAAACAAAUUUUGGCAGUGUUUAAGUAUAUAUAGCUUAAAAUAUAAUUUUUAGCAUUUGGCACCAUAUGUAUGCCAUUAUAUUUGAUUUUGCAUUACUGUUUCACAAUGAAGCUUUGUUUUAAGGCUUUGAUUUAUGAUUAUGAAAGAAAUAAGGCACAACCACAGUUUUUCUUUCUUAAAUUUCAUCACUGUUGAUGUGGUUCUUUUGUGUUAAAAAAGUGCAACUAUCGAAACUAAAAAAAAUUAUAGAGUAAACUGCUGUUGUGCUGAUUUUGAAUACACAGUACAUCAUACAUACUUUACAAGCAAGUUCAAUGGAGAUAAAGUUGAAAUCAUAGAAGAUGCAAAUGACCUUUCAAAGUCAACACAAUGUGUUCUGAAACCUCGUGACUAAUACCAUGCACCUGUGAUCAGUGAGCUACGUGGUUUUGAAUCGGACGGAGACCAUUAGUGCUACUACUUGAGCUAAACUUCUGCAUGGUUCAUAAUUUUUAAAGUGUGUAGUUAAUAUUAUGCAUGUUAUUGUCUUUUCUUCCAUUCUUACCAGUACGUGCCCAUUUGCAAAACAAAAUGCUAAUAAUCAGUAAUAGUCCUAUGAGGAUGUUAACUCUGUUUAGUCAUUGACUGAUCUUGCUCUAACCCCAAAACUUUGUGAUUAUUGACCUCUGUUGCAUUUAUUCUAAACCCCCCAAAAUGACCUAGCCGUUUGGAGUAUCAACAUUACCCUGGUGUACUCACUGCUGUUGCAGGAUUGUUCUCUGUUGCUGUUUAUGCCUUCAUAUUCAUAUUAGCCAAAUAUGAAAUUCUGUAAAGAAGAACCCCCUAUGAUCUUAAAAAACAAACACCCCCUCCCCUUCUGUAGCAGGAAACAAAUUGCUUGUUCUUGAGAAGUUCCCAUCAGGAAUUUAGUAGAAGCAGGUAUACUUCUAUCAUUUUGAUGUUUUGUUACUGUUUCCAAACAAUGUACUUUGAAUCAGAAUCACUUCUUACGUUUCAUAUACUUCCGAUGCUCUUCAUCACACUAGUGAUCAGAAAUGAGGUGUAACUCCCCAACCCCUGCCCGCGAGAGCUAAGUAGGAUCUUACUGUAAGUUGAAGGGACUUCCGCCCUAACUCAUGGAUUGUGAAGAAUGAACUGCUGUUGGGUCUGAUUGACUGUUGAUGGAUUGUGGUGUGGCGUAUCCAGAGGCUAUUGAAUGCAACUUACAAUGCUUAAUAAAAAUCUUUAUUCUUUUAGUAUAAAAAAAAAAAAAACAAG